CUUGAGUUCUGGCAUCUGUAUUCUUAUUAGAAGGAGCGUCAGAAGUACUUGCUCCCAUUAAUUGAACUUUUGUUCUAAGAGAUUGCAAACAGAGAGUUAGCGCUUGACAGGACAGUUGUUCCCUUUCCGAGUCACGUGAAGUUCUCUACCUUUACAUGAUUUCUCAUGGCAGCGACAAUGAAAGUUUCUAUGUUCAUUGUGACAAUUUCUUUGGUGCUAUUCGCCAUCAGUAUAUACUUCAUCAUAAAAGAGAUCACUAUUAAAACUUUCACAAGGUCUACCAGCGCUGUGGAGAAACUUAUAAUAAAUACUGAUGCUGGAGCAGAUGACGCAAUGGCUAUACUUUUGACACUUCAGUCUGAAUCUGACGGGUUCAAGGUUUUGGCAAUCACUUGUUCAUAUGGAAACACGUAUCUGGAUAAUGUUGUUAAUAAUGUACUUAAAACUUUGACAAUUGCUAACAGAACCGAUAUACCCGUGUAUAUAGGAGCAGACAGACCAUUGAUACAAGUAUACAGGCCUAGUAUGUAUUUUGGUUCUGAUGGAUUUGGAGAUUUCAAUUUUAGUAAAGAAAUAACUGCUGAAAGAAAUGACAGUAAACACGCAGCUAUAGCAUUGAUAGACUUAGUAAAGCAACAUCCAGGGGAGAUAACUUUACUGAGUCUUGCUCCUUUAACAAAUAUUGCUACAACGAUGACAUUGGAGCCUGAAUUUUUUAAAUAUUUAAAGAAUCAUGUCAUAUUAGGUGGUAGCGUUUUUGGCAUUGGCAAUGUUCUACCUAAUAUUGAGUUUAACUUUUAUCAAGAUCCAGAAAGCAAUUACAUAACUCUGAAUCGCACUAAGACAAGUGUUCUUCUCCCAUGGGAUACGUGUGUACAUAGCAGUAUAUCUUUGGGCUGGAGAAACAAUGUGUUAGGAAAAGUUAAUUCAACGAUUAUGAAUUUCUUGAAUGAAGCAGAACGAUUAAGUUUAGCAAAAGUCGAAUCAUGGAUUUCUUCGGAUACAAUGGCUGCUGCAGUUCUGCUGCGACCAGAAAUUGCCACCAGAACAAUUGUAACGAACGUGGAUCCUGUACUAGAUGGAACCGCAAGAGGUUCGGUACUUGCAGAUUUCACUAAUUUGACUGGCAGACCAGAGAACACAAGAAUUAUACUAUCAUUCGAUGUAACUGCUUUCAAAGAACUAUUAUUGAAUAAAUUAUCUUGAGUUAAUUAA